UUGUACGGAGCCUCUCAGUUGUGUAACAGCAGCUCAUCCAUCAACGUUGCGUUUGUUGUACCGGCAAAAUGAACUCGGUGGAAUUUGAAUCGUACCACUCUCCACUUAAGGAUUUCUAUCAGGGAAAAAUCGUGCUUCUAACAGGCGGAACAGGGUUUCUCGGGAAGCUGUACAUCGAAAAACUGAUUCGAUGUGGAGUGUCAGAAAUACUGCUACUCUCACGGAACAAAAACGGAAAAACUUCCACUGAGCGGCUGGCCUCCAUUCUUUCGUCGGAACCAAUUUUUACGACCUACCAAGACGACCCAGAGUUUUACCAUCGCAGGAUCAAGAUCAUCGAUGGAGAUGUCAGCAAGCAUCAGCUGGCGAUCAGUAAUGACGACAUGUCCUACAUCGUGAACAACGCAAAUGUGUUUCUGCAUGCUGCUGCCGAUGUCCGUUUCGACGAAUCACUCAAGGAAUCCGUUGAAACUAACGUACGUGGAACCAGCGAGAUAAUGAAAAUUGCAGCGAAUACGAAAGCACUAGAUGUGUUCAUUUAUGUGUCAACUGCUUUCUCAAACUGCAUCCGGGACACGAUUGAGGAAAGGUUCUACAAACCCGCGUUCGAUCCGUACCAGAUUAUCAAAUUGGUAGAGCAGGAAAACGACGAAGAAAGUUUUCAGGUGGUAAGUAAGAAGAUCAUUGAGCCGUGGCCCAAUACGUAUGCUUUCACGAAGUCACUGGCGGAAGAUAUCGUAAGACAGUACUACGAAAAGAUCCCUACAGCAGUUAUUCGUCCAUCGAUUGUGACCACCACGAAUAGUGAUCCAAUUCCUGGUUGGACAGACAACAUCUACGGCUACAAUGGAGUGGUAGUUGGAGCUGCAACUGGGGCCCUUCGAAUCUUUCAUAUCAAUAACGACAACCGCGCAGAAAUUGUCCCAGCGGAUAUAGUUGUAAACUCAACUUUGGCAGUCGGUUGGUACGCGGCUAAUCAUCGGGACGAAAUCAACAUUAUCAAUUGCACGGUUGCCGACAAUCUUGUUAACUGGGCAACGGUGAGGAACGUGCAGAUGAAAUGGAAAGCUAAAAUUCCCUUCCUAAACACACUUUGGAUACCGACUUAUAAUACGACCAAGUACUAUUACGUCUCGGAGGUUUUGAAGAUCUUCUACCACGUAAUUCCGGCAAUCUUCUUCGAUCUUGCGCUCAAAUUUAACAGUCAGAAACCGCGAGUUAUGAAGUUGUACCGCAAGGUUCACAAGUUUUCCGAGGUGUUGAGUUUCUUCACCAACAACGAAUGGGACUUCCGAAACGAACACUACCACAAGGUGAUGGCACACAUGACGGCGGAUGAUCACCGGUAUUUCCCAUGCGACGUGAAGCAGAUCGAUUGGGUCGAGUUUCUGGCAAACAAUUUGAAGGGACUGCGGAUGUACGUCAUGAAGGAGAAGUGGGAUAAUUUAGAGCAAGCCCGCAGUAAGUAUCGGAAAAAGUGGAUGGCACAUCAGGUGCUUCUGGUGUUUUGCUAUGCAACGGUUCUGUUCGUUGUCUACAAGCUGUUGCAGGCGGUUGGCAUUACUGAGGUAGUGGAAGAGGUAUUUACAAUGAGUGGUACCUUAGGGCAGUGAUUUCUAGUUUCAUUAUUCGGUGUCUAUUUAUGCUGUACAAUGAGUGUCUGAUAAGUUAACUUGGAGAUACAAACUUUAUAAUUUUCAUGAUGACGCUUGUCGAAAAUUGCAGGAAUAUCAAAUUUUAGGUGGGUCAUAGAAUAUAAGACUGUAUUUUUAUGUCAAUUAUUCAUUCAGUAAGACAAUUAAAAACAGUUUAAAUAAA